AUGAAAUACAAUGGUAUGUUGAUCUCAGCAGUCGAGUCCAUGUCCGAAGCCACGGUUGCUGCUGGCCAGCACCCCCCACAAUCUCGCAUAUUCCGAGAACUACAGAACAUUCAAUUCGGCGAGAAUCGAACCAAAGAAGAAGCAAAGGCCCAGCCGAGAUCUGCGGCCAAGCAGACGAACAAGGCUUCAGAUCAACCCCCACGACCCAGACCACUGAGAAAACAACACCCCGAGGACGAAAUCGGCCGGUAUAAGCACGUGCAGCUGGUAGAUGUGGAUUUCAAUUUUGUUCAAUUCGGGAAAGGCCAACAGCUCGUUAACCAGACACUUCUCCUCGGCCCACAUGAAUUGCGAGACUCGGAGCACCUAGCAGAGGAACUCGCGAAUGUGUACGGUCUCUCCGAGCAGGACAGCCUCACCCUGUCAAGGAUGACUAUUAGUUCGUUUUUAUCUACACCAGACACCGGCCAGCAACAAGAAGGAUCCGUCAAAGUGGGUGAGAACUUGAAGCUCUCGGAUCGCUUGAGUCACCUAAACGACAAGGGCAAGGCGACUGUGUCGGAUAUUCCACAAUUCAUAAACAAGAAGGGAGAUUCGAAGGCUUCAGCUCUGGCGAGGCACUUUGAGUUGCUUAGUCGCGAGUUUGAAAAGGAGCGCAUCCGAGACCGCAAGAAACGUAGCGCGGGCAUGCGCCAACCUCGAGCCAUGCCCCCUACGACCGCCGCCGCCAACGCUAUUGUGGAAGUUUACAAUGAUAUCGAUGAGGCAUCUGCGGGGCCAAACACGAGCCUGUUAGCAUCAAAUGAAGAGGGCGCGGCCAGCGACGUCGAGGCAUCUUUGCCAGAGUAG